GUUCAACGCUGCAACAGUAAUCUUCAAGCUUUUCUCUUUCAAGAUUUCCAACCCUUUUUUUCUGAGCCUUAAGACUCUAGUCUCAUCUCUGUUCCUCACAGAUCUUUGAAGUCAUGGAGGUAGUUCAGCGUAAGAUCGUUCUUUCACUUCUUUUUGCUGCUUUUCUGCUCAUCCCUUCGAUUCAAGCCAAGAAAGUUAACUAUUGUGAUAGGCAAGGUAGCUAUGCCGUUAAAGUGUCAGGAGUUGAGAUGUCUCCAGACCCUGUGGUGAGGGGGCAGCCUGCUACCUUCAGCAUCAUUGCAUCUGCAGGUGAAGCCAUUUCAGGUGGGAACAUGGUGAUCGAUGUUUCGUUUUUCGGGGUCCCCAUCCACAAGGAGACCCAUGACCUUUGUGGGGAAACAUCGUGCCCCGUUUCAGUUGGCGAUUUUGUGAUAUCUCACACCCAGGUUUUACCAGGAUUCACACCACCGGGUUCCUACACACUAAAGAUGACGAUGACCGAUGCAGAUGGGAAGAUGUUGACUUGUGUUAGCUUUGAUUUUAAAAUCAAGAUAGGAUCAUCGGUAGCUAGUAUUUAAGUGGUUGAGGAUGGUCCGAUAAUGUUGCCUGUUACGUCUACACAUUGUAAAAA